AAAACUUAAAACAAAAAACUGUCCAGGAGACCCCUAUUAAACUCAUUUAUUCUCAAAAUGACUUUGCCGUCUUUGAUAAAGGUUCUUCUGAAUUCUACGGAGCCGAGGAUGAAUUCAUUUCUGAUCAACCCUUAGAGAAUAUUAAGUGA